CACAACAGCUGGACCUUUAACGUACCUACUCCUCUCCACAUUCCUCUUCCUCUCCCGUACUCUCAUCAUGUCAGGCUGGGGAUCAUGGCUCUCUAACGCAGGAGCUUCUGGCGGCUCGCCUGCUGUCAAGGAGGGCAACUUCCAUGCCAUCACCGACACCGUUCCUCAGGACAGCCUCUAUGGAGCGCUCGAGCCUUCCGAUCUCGAGUGGACUUGCGCUGGUGGUUUCGUCACCGAGACACAGACUUGGUAUACUAUCCUGAAGGAUGGCAGCUUUGCUACUAGUCAAAUUAUUCACUCUGCAGUAGGGCUGUGGUACCCUCAGAUCCAAGUGACUUUCAAGUACUUCAACCCAAAGACCAACCAGAAGAUCUGGAAGUCGGUCAACGUCACCAAGUUUACCACCCCGCCUCCUGAGGGCUUCCGCAACAAGAAGUGGGACAAGCGCUCCAGCAAGUCGGACCAAUACUCGGCUCUCUUCGAGACCCUCGACGAUGGAUCUGAGAAGUACACCAUCGAAGCCAACAUGAGCGAUGACUUGCAGUUGGCCUACUCGUUCACCAGGCCCGCUGCUGCGAAAGGCUGGAAGCUGGGAUCUGGUGCCAAUGGCGGCAAGUCCAUCUUUGGAUCCAACCCCAGCUCUCCUGAUGGAUACGUUGUUCACCGCUUCUGGCCGACUGCCAAGAGCACUGGCCACUUCAUCAUCAAGGGACAAGCCAUUGAUGCAGAGGGACAAGGUAUGUUUGUGCACGCCAUUCAGGGCAUGAGGCCCAACCUCGUGGCAUCGAAGUGGAACUUCUGCAACUUCCAGUCGCCGGACCUAGGCGGAGUUCAGGCAAUCAUGAUGGAGUUCACCACUACCAGCGAGUACGGAGGAGCAUCCGCGGGCGGUCAGAGCAAGUCCAGCAGUGAAACUGGCGGUCGAGAGAGUAUGACGGUCAACAUUGGCUCUGUCACUGUAGGUGGAGAGCUAGUUGCUGUCACUGCUGCGACCAGAGGGUCCAAGUCGUCGCCAUCCGACCCAUCCAAGGGAUCUCAGUCCAGCGUCAAGCAUCUCGAUCGAGUUUUGGACAACGAGACUGGCUACCUGGCCCCGCAGUCCAUUCAAUUCACCUGGGAGGGUCCGCAACUCACGAGCACUGGUGGCGACAGGAAGGGAGACACGUCAAAGCUGGUCCGAGCUAGCACCAAGGUGGAGCUCGGCAAGCCUUCGCCCGUCUCCGAGGCUAAGGGACUGGUUGACAAGGUGGAUGUGCUGGCCGAGAUUCCCUACAUGGUGCGAAAGGUGGUCAACUACGUUGCGGGCACGAAGCCUUACAUCUACCAGACGCUUAACCCCGCUUCGCUGUCCUUGACUGUCCCUUCUGGAGAACACGCUGUGGAUGGACAGAAGGUGGAGGGCUCGCUUUUCGAGGAGCACACCUUCAUCAGCUCUGUCGUGGGCGAUAACAUUACUGGCGGCAAGUAAAUUAGGUCUAGACGUAGUGAGAAUGGGAGAUGCUUUUCGUUGUAUCGUGAGAUCACACUUUCCGGCCAUGGUAAUCGAAGUGUCUUUAGUGAUCCCUUGC